AUGACGCUCAGCACGCUCCCCUUCAUCCGUCUCGGGAUCGACGUCCGGACAGGCAAGUCCUACCACAUUUGCUCGCGCAAGUCGCUGCUGUCGUUCGGGGUGAUCCUUCUGCUGCUCGUGGCCAUGUCGUCCGAGAGGUUCCUGUUCAAGGUCAUGGUGGACCGCAUGGAGUCGUACAGAUACGUCUUGUACCAGCUCACGACGUUCCUCUACAUCCCUCCCAUGUUCUGCAUCGUCAGCUACAAGGCCACGCAUGGUGAUCUGGGAGAAAAUGACGGGAUGGAGUUUUCCAAGUUCCACUUCUUCGUCAUGGGUCUACUUGACCUCGUCCACGGUCUCAUAUUGUUCAUCGCCGGUGGGCGAACGGACCCGACUCAGACACUCUUGUUCAUGCAAGCUUCGAUCCCGAUAUCAGCCUGCAUGUCAGCCGCAUUCUUCGGUGUCAGUUAUACGCGACCCCAGGUUGCAGGCAUGUUGGCUAUCACUGGCGGUCUUGCUCUGUCGCUCAUCGCUUGUAUUGAAAACAUUGACAGCGAUGAAUUUGACAAUCGAGAGAUUGGUUGGAACAGUGUAUUCUACCUGCUUGCGGCGAUCCCCGGCUCAUUGUCCAUGCUUUAUAAGGAACGUGUGAUUCGUGAUCAGCCAGUGGAUGUGUCUUACCUGAACGCAUGGGUUUCGCUGAGUCAGUUUGUUUCUGGACUGCUUGUCGCUCCGAUCAUUUUCGACGCUGAAUUUCUCCACCUCGACCAGAAACCCGGUGGUCUCACGUGUUUAAUUCAAGGCAAGAGUGAGGUGUCUACGGAUCACUGCUAUAUGGGCCUUCCUAUCUUUAUUCUUUACAUCUUCAGCAGCAUCGUCGUCAAUCUACUGCUGCUCGAGCUGCUCCGAUUGACCAGUGUUUCAACAAUGUACGGGUGCACGCUUGCAGGAUUCCUGGCUUCGUUCGUGGUUCUGGCUUGUUAUCAAGUGGACCCUGACAAUUUUGGCAUCAUCGAUCUCCACGACGGUCUGAAAAACUGGAUCCCGUCUUCCGUAUACGUGGACGUGAUCGCGUUCAUGAUCAUUUUGGCUGGCAAGGUGCUUUACCAGUGGGAUCCGGAUCCAGAGGUUGAAGUAACCACUUUGUCGGCAGAGGACAAAGAGACCAUGUCGUUACUCGAUGGAGAAGACGAUUACGGACUGCGCUACACAUAA